AUGCCUCAAUCAUCCGCAGAACCAAAGCAGUCUGCGGAAGAGAAGCCGGUGGAGAAACAACUCUCCGACCUCAAUUUCGGCGAAGAAGACGGCCAAGAAAACCAAACCCACCAACAAACUCUGCUGCCGACGCAAGCGCACGACUCUCCCCAAGAUGACGACAAGGAACAAGCACUGAAGCUCUGCGAGAUUUGCGCGGACAGUAAGCAAUCGCACCAGAUUCUCGCCGUCGGAGCGUGCACCCACGCCGCCUACUGCACGGACUGCAUAUCCCGCCACGUGGCGGCCAAAAUCGGGCAGAGCGGCGCGGCGGCGACCGUGAUCACCUGCCCUGCUUCGGGGUGCGGGACCGCAAUCGAGCUCGAUUCCUGCCGCGGUGCUCUCCCCAAGGCGGUGAUCGACAAAUGGGAGGAGGCCCUGUGCCGGAACUCGAUCGGAGAGUCGCAGAGGUUCUACUGCCCCUUCAGGGACUGCUCGGCGAUGCUUGUGGCGGAGCCUGCGGAGGCAGAGGCGGAAUCGAUCAGGGAGUCGGAGUGUCCGUACUGCCACAGGCUGUUCUGCGCGCAGUGUGGCGUGGCGUGGCACUCCGGCGUGGACUGCGAAGUGUUCCAGGGGCUGGGGCAGGACGAGCGAGGCAGGGAAGACAUUAUGGUGAUGGAGAUGGCGGAGAGCAACAAGUGGGGGUGUUGUGUUCCUUUGCGUAAGUUCUCGUAA